UUUUCUUUAUUUGUUGAUACAUCAAUAAAGGAUAGAGAAUAAAAAUACAGUAAAUGUGCGCUCCAGUUUAACCAAUGGAAAAUGCCAUAAUUUGCAAGUUGAAUAUUUUUAGGUUGGAGUUUGAAAAUUGUAAACAUGUAAACUGGAGAAUAUAUAUUUCAGGGAAGGUUUUGGUUUUAUAUGCUCAUAAUGAUAUCAAUUCGAAAUGAUCGAUGAGUAUGAUACGAUACGUCAGAUUACCUAAACAAGGGUUCGGGUUAUAUAACCUCGAAUACAGUUCGCCUUUCAUUUUCAAAAAUUAUAAACCUCUUUCUGCUGUUAGCUAUACAGAACGGAACAGUCCCAACCAGCGCAGGAAUUUUUCAGUCCAAACAUCUAUCGAAUCUUUCGCCAAAACCCAAACAGGAAUCUUCAAGUGGUUGUCGGAGAGCACUCCUGUAGAAUGUAUUCAGAAGCUUCUCUUGACACUACACGACAGUUCCGGAUUGCCAUGGUGGGGUACAAUAAUUGGCACAACUAUUCUAUUGAGAACUUGUGUUACCGUCCCCCUGGCUGUUUACCAGUACUAUAUUUUAGCAAAGCUUGAGAAUUUAAAACUUGAAAUGCCUGCCAUUGCCAAAGAACUUCAAAUGGAGACUGCUGUAGCUAUCAAACUGUACAACUGGGAUGAAAAGAAAGCUAGACUAACUUUCAACAGUUCGAUUCGCAAACAGUGGAACAAGCUGAUAGUCAGAGAUAACUGUCAUCCGUUCAAAGCCAGUCUUUUGCUGUGGUUUCAAAUUCCGAUGUGGAUAUCGCUGUCUGUGGCUCUGAGAAAUUUAGUAUAUAUGUUGCCUAACCAAGACUUUGAUGCAAAGUUGACUUUCACUGAGUUGACGAUUGGAGGGCUUGGUUUCAUUCCAAAUCUGACGGAAGUUGAUGCUUCCGGUAUACUUCCGAUUGCUUUGGGAUUGCUGAAUUUGACGAUAAUUGAGCUUCAAGUCUUGUCAAAAGUCAGUGAUCCUUCAAAAUUGCAGAAAAUUCUGACAAAUUUCUUCAGAGGGCUAAGUAUUCUCAUGGUUCCAAUAGCAGCGUCUGUACCUUCGUGCCUUGUUUUAUACUGGACGACGUCAAGCGCCUUCGGUUUAGUUCAAAAUAUGAUUUUACUAUCACCAAAGGUAAGGAGAAUUUGUAGAAUACCAAAAACUAAAUCUGAGUUGGAGCAUCCCUAUCAACAUAUCGCAAAUGGAUUUCAAAGGAGAAUGAGUUUUCUGCCCGGAUUUUCAAAAUCCCGCGAAUAGUUUUUCUUGUGUAUUUUUCACUUUCAAUAAGAAACAAGAACAGUUUUGAACUGCACUCUUGAAGAAGUAAUAAAGCGAUCCAAUCAA